AUGCCCACAGUUGAGACUGUCCAGAAGGUCGAUGCCCUUCGAACUGCCGACCGAAACCGUGCUUUUGACCUGACCCAGUGCGUUGUCGCAGAUGUGACUAACGCGGCCGCUUACAUCGUGCGAGCCAUUCUCCAGAUCCGCUCGGCCGCAUCGGCCUGCCCAGAGCCAAAGGCCUGUGCCAUUAACAUCAUGAAUAUCAUCUCCUCGUUUGCCUGGAUCUCCCAGUUCACGUCACUGGCUGUGUCUGAUUGCUGGGACAAGGGAAGCCAGAAGGCCUUGUGCGCGGCCGACAUCUCUGAUAUGGUUGCAGCUGUGACGAACGGUCCUGCUGCAGGCAUCGCAACCACCUCUGAUUGUGCAGACAUGCCCGAUCCGCUUGAAGAGGAGAAGCACUUGCCCAUGGAGAUGCUGUUGGAGGAAAUCCCAGAAAGUCCCAGCGCCAAACCAAGGCACUGGUACCUUGCUGGUGCCGGCCUUGCCCUGCUUGUGGUGCUUGGAGUGGCUGCCAAGGUUGUGUACCGCUCACCUGAGACCUUGCUGCAGUCCAAGAACUUCGACAUCAACACUGUCCAGGAAUGGGAGCAGAUCCCUGGAAUCGACCAGGUGGUGGAGCAUGCCAAGACCUUGGAAUUGAAGCAGCCGUUGCGAAAUCUCAACGACCUCUUCUACGAAUCUCAGCCGGAGGAGCUUCCUUGGAUCCGCACCGAGUGCGUCAUUGAUGUGGUUCAGGGAGCUGCUUACUUGGGCCAGGCUGUGGUCUUCCUUUACAAGGCCAUCAAAUAUGAUGGAAUUCGAUGCCCAGACAAUUCUCCAGCAGGUUGUGCUGCGAGUAUUGCGGGUUUCAUCACCUCAGUGACUUGGAUUGCCUCCUACCUGUCCUUCGCAGCAAAUGCAUGCGGUGCAGCGGUGAACUCUGGUGCCCUUUGUGCUGGCGACUGGACUGCUUUGAUGGCCAACUUCGGUGAAAUGGCCACUGUAGGAGCGGCUGUGAAGGAGGACUGCGACUUCAAUAAGGACUGGCUUGCUCUCCUCAAGAUCACUGGCACUGAUGAUGCAGGACCAGGAUGGAAGACUUUCGUCCCCGCUGGUGCUAUGCCCACAGUUGAGACUGUCCAGAAGGUCGAUGCCCUUCGAACUGCCGACCGAAACCGUGCUUUUGACCUGACCCAGUGCGUUGUCGCAGAUGUGACUAACGCGGCCGCUUACAUCGUGCGAGCCAUUCUCCAGAUCCGCUCGGCCGCAUCGGCCUGCCCAGAGCCAAAGGCCUGUGCCAUUAACAUCAUGAAUAUCAUCUCCUCGUUUGCCUGGAUCUCCCAGUUCACGUCACUGGCUGUGUCUGAUUGCUGGGACAAGGGAAGCCAGAAGGCUUUGUGCGCGGCCGACAUCUCUGAUAUGGUUGCAGCUGUGACGAACGGUCCUGCUGCAGGCAUCGCAACCACCUCUGAUUGUGCAGACAUGCCCGAUCCGCUUGAAGAGGAGAAUACUCUUUUCAAAGCAACGCUCGUUCGCUACCUUGCUACAGUGCUCAAGAUGAGCACUUUGUUGAACCUGAACGCAUGGAACCUCCACACCUUUGCGAGAAAGCUUGAACUCUGGGCCACCGCAGCACAUUUUGGCUUCAGUUCUGUGACGACUCUGCACUUCUGCACUCUCGGAAUCAUGGCGGAGCACAUGCAGCUUGCAACUGAAGAAGGUCAGGAGAUGCUGUUGGAGGAAAUCCCAGAAAGUCCCAGCGCCAAACCAAGGCACUGGUACCUUGCUGGUGCCGGCCUUGCCCUGCUUGUGGUGAUUGGAGUGGCUGCCAAGGUUGUGUACCGCUCACCUGAGACCUUGCUGCAGUCCAAGAACUUCGACAUCAACACUGUCCAGGAGCUUCCUUGGAUCCGCACCGAGUGCGUCAUUGAUGUGGUUCAGGGAGCUGCUUACUUGGGCCAGGCUGUGGUCUUCCUUUACAAGGUGCUGUCUGCCCACUGGACUCGCCUGGCGGGAGCUGGUGUGUCCCAUGGUUUGUGGGGCUUCUCUUUGCGUUUGCCCUCAGGGGCUUUCCGCCCACGGUUAGCAAUCUCUUUAGAGACAAGUAACAUCAAAAUUGUGGCACCGCAGCAAGAUGCCAAAUGCGAUUGCGAAUUGCGACAUGGAUGUCGAGCAUUACGGAGCACCACUCGGAGAAUUUCCAGGGUACCACGGUUUUGGACUGGUGAUGUGGUUUGUGACACACUUGCAUCACUGAACUUUCGCCGAGUUGAAUUGAUCGAAAAAAAUUGGCGUGGCCAAAACACUGAUUGGCUGGUCCGCGCAGUUGGGCCAAAUUCCACUGAGGUCCUACAGCCUUACUUUGAAACGGAAGACGGUGAGACGAUUGAACUUCUGAUUGCCAAAGAAGCCAAACGCAGAAAAGAAAAACAUCGUUCUCAGCCUUUGAAAAGUGAGUUUCGGUUUUCAUUUCCUAAUGUUGGCAACUCGGCGCCCAAAGCCGACACCAGACUUGGCGAUUUUCAUGCCAAGGAAUUCCCGCUUCUUGUUGCCAAAGGUGCGCUUGACACGCCCUUGCCUGAUGAAAGUGGCAAAGAAAUGGAGGAACAAGAUGAGGGUAAGCGGGCCAGACGGGAUGCCCCAGCCCCGGCCGAUGCUGCACCGUGGCUUCCCGUAGGAGCCCGGAUUGUGAAAAAUGAAGGCCGUGGCGAUUGCUUGUUUCAUGCAAUUGCCGAUGCCUUGAAAGUUUUGGGUGAUGUUUGGGUAUUCCCUCAUGAUGAAUCCAAUGGGCUUGAUCCCAUGUGCCUGUUUUUCAAUGCCGCCAUUCAGCACUAUGAGUUCAUGGAUGGCCCGGUUGCCCCUGAGUUGAAGAGAUGGGCAAAAAAGCAUGGUAAGGAAAGACUCACAGGGGGAGGCGCUGGAUCUGAAGACUCACUCCGAUUGGCUGAUUUUGCGUCUGUUGACACAGAGCCCCGUUUAGCUGAUUUUGCCUCUCCAGUGAAAAGCAAGAGAUUUCGCAUUUGGGGCAAGAGUGCGCCCUCGAAUCACGGUUUUAGCCCCAAGACACGUGAGGUUCAAUUUGCUUCGCCUCCUAGACUGAUUGACGUUGAUUCACCUCCUGUUGCCGCCCAGAAACGUCAGCGUCCCCAAUACUGGCUGCGUGGCUCCAAGUUUCAGAAGGGUGCGGAAAAAGAUUUGCGUUGGGAAUGUCCACAUUGCCCGUUUGUUAUUGAGGCUGAUGGCUACAAAAAGAUUGGCCAAGCUCGUUACCAACACAAUAAGACUGCACAUGCAGGCCAAUACCAGGUUGGCCGUUUGAGGCCAAAGUUGUUAUUGCAGCAAUUGCCACCUAAUGCUGAUGUGGGGUGGCAGUGCCCUUUGUGCCAAGUUGGUUUGACUGUGGAUGAGAAAAAUUCCGUGUCCAAUGCAGUCCUGAAGCAGUUGCGGGCAAAACACCGCCGAAUUGUUCAUCCUGAUGUAUCGCUGAAACAAUGGCGGCAACUUGCUGUGCCCACGCCUGGUUCCCUGCAGUACAAACAGCAAAGGCGCAUUGCCUUGCUGAAUUGCGCGCCUGCGAAGUGCCAGCAGUUUGCUCCGGACCUUGACUCUGCCAAGUUCGAGUUCUUCGUAUGGCCUUUCUUGGUUAAUGGCAAGACAAAGUGCCAGAAGGUCAGUUUCAGAAAUGCUUGGCGUUGCCGUAAAUGUUGCCGAUGCUUCACAGUCCGCCGUGACUCCAAUGAACAUGAAUGCCGAGCUAUGUUGACGCACAAAUGCACUCUUGAUCGCAUUGCCGAGUUGGAAAAGUUGAAAGCACAGCAGUUUGCAGAUCACGGUCUCGACCAGAAAUCGUCACUGCAGGUUGUCUGCGUCGCCAUUGACGCGCUCAAAGGAUUUCACGCUUUGCUCAGUUCACCCUGCUUUGGAUUUUGUAGAGUGGGGAUUGUCUCCACCCAGCCGUUAAAGCCCAUCCAGCUUUCUGACGUGGACGAGCCGGACCGUGUGGUCGCUGCCAUCUCAGAGUUCGAGUUGCCCGACCAACAGGGAGUUCUGAAAUUGAUCGUGUGUUCGAACGCAGCGGAGUUUGCACUUCAAUCAGUGGGAUCCAAUCCUCGGGCUUGUGUUGCCAGGUCUCAGCCGUGGACCCCGGUGAAACUUCGUCCUCUGCCAAAGGCUGCUCAAGAGGUUGAGCCCAUUCUUCUGAGCCGUGCGUGCAGGCUGCAUCGGCGUUUUGUGCAACUCCAGCGCGACCCAGGUCAGGUGAAGCUACACCGCGUUUGCCUUCGCAAUUUGGUAUCACUUGCCGAUCGCAUCCCUGAAAUUCGACAUGGGCACCACUGCGACGGUCCACAGCUAGUGCAGGCAUUGUCCGACGCUUGUGUUCGAAUGGAAUCCGAACACAAGCGCUCUCGCAUUCAGGCUUGGCGGGAUAAUAUUCAUGGCAAUCUCGCGAAACAAGUGUCUUGGAUCAAGCGGCGGUCACAGCUGCUUGCAGAUAUUGCGGAAGAACCACUUGGUCCUCAAGGUUCAAUUAACGCAAUUCAUCCUGCCACUAUUGUGUCUCAACAAGAGCAGACGCUUGGCUCCUUAUGGACUUCAGUUGAGCCGCCCAAUCUCCCUGAUUUGCAACGCCUACUGCAUCAGAUGGGUGGUCAUAGUGCUCCUGUUGAUCUCAAUUUAGUUUGGGACGCCGCCAGUCUACGCAAGCUUGCGAAAUCUAUGUGUGGUAAGUCUGCAGGAAUCGAUGGUUGGUCGGCUGAAGCCCUAGUUCUGCUCCCGGAACAGUGGUGGACUGGCUUUGCAGCGCUUUGGAAUACCAUUUGGUGCACUGGUAAUGUACCGUCUAUUUGGAAAUAUGCGAGGGUCGCACUUGUGCCCAAAGAUGCUGCUGAUUGGCGCCCAUUGGCUAUCGCUUCUGUGCUGUGGCGUAUUGGUGCUUCCUUUCUGGUCAAGGGCUUACGGCCGUGGUUGUCUUCCGUCCUUGACCAUCGCGUUUCUGGAGGUGUCCCUGGACGCUCUGUCUGUCAUGCUGUUCUUCGAAUCGUGGACGCUAUCCACAAUGAUGCUCAGUGCAUUAUGGUGGCCCAGGACCUUGCAAAAUUCUUUGAUUCCCUACAGCUUGAACAGGUGAUCUUGAUUGCGAUGCACUUUGGUGCACCACCUCAGUUGGUGCCGUUGCUCAAGUCCUUUUACCACAACUGCUGGCGGCUCUUCACUUGUCCAACUCGGUUCUAUGAGCUUCAGCAGGCCCACAACCGUAGUUCGCAAUUUGAUGCCAUUUUUGCAAUUCGGUGCCGCCCCUCAAAAUGCAAACUUGCCUAUUUGUCUGGUGCAGUUGGCUCGCGUUUGGCGCAAGCCUUUGGGUAUUCUUCUUCCAGCACUUUAAAAGUGUUAGGCACGGAAAUUGAUUUCCACACAGGCGAUGUGACGUUGUCCCGCUUGUCUGUGGCUGCCAUCAAGGUGUCGUUGCAGCUAUUACAGUUUGUGGCUCCUACUUUUCGUGAUCGUAGGCGUAUUAUUCAGUCAUUAGUUAUUUCCAAGAUUUGCUGGGCUGCUGGCUUGGCAGCUGCUUCAACCGAGCAGCUGCUGACACUUCGGAAAAUGGUGUGCCAAGCUUUUGGUGGCCGCGUACUGCUUAAAGAUUCGGCGGUGUCCAUUUUGCUCGAGGUGCUCCCGUGGAACCUUGAUCCAGUUUUGGCCAGCGAGUGGGCGGCUCUGCGUGCGGCCUUCCGCUAUCACUGUCAGAAGCCUGCGUGGGUGCAGAUGUGCCGUGCAGCCUUUGUUGCAAAGAAAUGGAUGGACCUCUUUCCUCGUGCCUUCGAAGCUGUGCGUCGUCUCUCUUGGACGGUGACGCUUGAUGGUGCAUGCAUCGUUCGUCAGGAUUCUUUGGGAAUUCGUCGGUAUUUUGUCCUUGGAGUUGACAACCCCCGUAUCAUUUUUGAUUGGCUUGUCGAUGCCCAUCGCACACACGCUCUCGGCAGUACCAGGCGUGUUCGGGAGUCAUUUCAUCGCCAUGCUGAGGCUACAGCGGUGGGGCUGGAUUUGCCUGGUGUGCCGCAUGAUGCCCGGUGCCUUUUCUCCGGUCAUAAGACCAUUUUCAAUGCUAUGGGUGCUACGCUCAGACAACGCCAGAGCGCUUUGGCGUCUGGGUGCUCUUUUUGGUCGGUGCAUGGAGGCCAACGUGUCCCUGAUGAUGAUCCUCGUGCAGAGUGCAUGUGUGGAUUGCGCUACCCCAGUCGCCCACACCUGGUAUGGGCAUGUGAUGCCACUGCUGAUUUACGGGUGGGCAUCGCUCCUCCUGUGAACCGCGUGGAGGAACGUCUCUUUGGCAAAAUUAUACCUGAGUGGCCUGCGCCGCCUCCUGUGGUCCAUGGCCAUCAUGAGGCGGUUGAGUUCUUUGCUGACUGCUUGCACCACGUUGCUUGUGGUCAACGCAGUGUGUUUAUAGGAGUGGACGGCUCCAGCAAACAUGGUGUGGCAACUUUUGCAGCAGCAGUCCACCCUCACCCGGUGGCUACAGUGGUUGAUGUGGAUGGUGAAGAUCAGUCUGCUUUCCGUGCUGAAGUCAGUGCAAUUGUUUUCGCACUCACUGUAUUGCAGCGGUUUUUGCAGGAUUGGGAUUUUCCACGAGUUGUGUUUUUGAUUUCGGACUGCAAGUCCGCCUUGGAUUUGGCGCUGUCCAUAGAGUCGGCGUGUCCCCUCUUGGCCAAGCGCAUCCAAGAACUCCUGGUGGAACUCAAGGCGGGUGGCUUCCUUAUUCAUUUGUCUUGGGUGCCGGCUCAUGGCCGCGUGGCUGCGGGAUGGUCUCCCCCGGAUGGUUUGCCUGAGGCCGUUGCAAGGGGUCUCAAUCACAUUGUUGACGUGGCGGCUAAUCGGCGCAUGACUCAGACAUUAGCUUUGCUGGUGGUAUCCCCGUUGCUCCCUAAACAUUAUGGUAUUGCGGGUUUCAUCACCUCAGUGACUUGGAUUGCCUCCUACCUGUCCUUCGCAGCAAAUGCAUGCGGUGCAGCGGUGAACUCUGGUGCCCUUUGUGCUGGCGACUGGACUGCUUUGAUGGCCAACUUCGGUGAAAUGGCCACUGUAGGAGCAGCUGUGAAGGAGGACUGCGACUUCAAUAAGGACUGGCUUGCUCUCCUCAAGAUCACUGGCACUGAUGAUGCAGGACCAGGAUGGAAGACUUUCGUCCCCGCUGGUGCUAUGCCCACAGUUGAGACUGUCCAGAAGGCCGACCGAAACCGUGCUUUUGACCUGACCCAGUGCGUUGUCGCAGAUGUGACUAACGCGGCCGCUUACAUCGUGCGAGCCAUUCUCCAGAUCCGCUCGGCCGCAUCGGCCUGCCCAGAGCCAAAGCCACUUGGCUCGGAGAGGCUUCAGACAUCCACGGCGCGCUGGCUUCAGAUCGUCAACGCAGCCCAUCUGCAAUCCAUUCCGGAGUUGUCGGACGAUCCAGCCCAAGUUGCGCCGCAACCUAUUGGAGUUGCAUUGGCGUGGAAGUGUCGGUUUUGUGAAUAUGGUAUCUCCGAGCAUGAUCGCAAAGAUAUCUCUGCAGAUGUGUAUCGUGGGCUCCGGCGUGCUCACCGUCGCCAGAAGCAUCCACACAUCCCUGUGUCCGACUGGCGGAAGGCUCACAUGAUGCCCACCACGGCGACCUUUCGCCUCAAACGGCGCGCUCAUUUGCUCAACGUUGCUGCGGCAAAGAGAAAGAUCGCUCCCACUGUAUGCCCCUCCAGAAACUUCGUUCGAGUUGCCCUGGUUAGCAGGCAGCCUAUGCGGCUGGUGGCCUUACCGGGUGUCAACAUGCCUGACCGGGUUGUUGCUGCAGUUGCUGAAUUUAAGGAUCCGCAGGGUCAGUUCCAAAAAUUUGUUGUGGCGUCUUUCUAUGGCCCUGUGGCCGAUGAAGCCAUUGCUGCGCAAUUGGCUGGACAAGUAGCUGAGGUCGCUGAAAGAACCUUGGCAGCACACGCAACGUCAGAUACUGUUCCUCGCUCGGCAUCGUGGCAGCCUGGCGUUCGACCCUCUCAGCCUAAAGCUGCCCACCAGGCUGAAUCGGUCUUGCUUCGGAGAGUGCGGCGCCUUGAGCGCCGAUUACGACAUUUGCUGCUAGUCCCCCAUGUUGAUACAUUGCGCAAUAAGUGUGUUACUGGAAUUAGCCAACUUGCUCCCUCUGUGUUUGAACUUGCGGGUUAUUUGACUAUGUCCAUUGAACAGCUUACAAAUGCUGCGGAGGCGGCCGUCUCCCGCAUUACUCAAGAGGAAAAACUCGCCCGUAUUGCCGCAUGGGGCCGUCAGACACAUGGUAAUCUGGCCCGGCAAUCGGCUUGGAUUAAGUGGCGACGCCAGGUCUUGGCUGACAUCGCCAAGGAUCCGGUUCAGCCUGAUCAGCGCUUUGCUGGCAUUCAUCCAACUUCAGUUAUUGCAGAACAACAGCGUGAGUGGUCCGCACGGUGGACCCAUGAUGGUGUCUCCACGGCACCCCAAGUUGAACAGUUGUUGCACUCCUUGCCCUCUCCUCCUUUGUCUGCUUUUCCCAGUGACAUGCAGUGGACUGGGUCCAAGUUAAAGCAAAUUGCCAAAGAAAUGGUUUCCAAAGCUUCAGGGCCGGAUGAUUGGGGUGCUGCUGAUCUCAUUGUCUUGCCUGAUGGGUUUUGGGAAGCUUUGUCCCGCCUGUGGCAAAAAGUGUAUGAUACUGGCUCCAUUCCCAAGAUGUGGGCACAUGCUCGUGUCGCCCUACUGCCGAAACAACAGAUGGAGUGGCGGCCCUUGUCCAUUGCUAGUGUUUUCUGGCGCAUUGGGGCACGUCACAUAGUGUGCCAAUUGAGACCUUGGGUUGAAACUUGGCUUAAUCAUCAUGUUUAUGGCGCUGCUCCUGGCCGAUCGGUGUCUCACGCCCUUCUGCGUAUCUUGGAUGCAGCCAAUGAAUUGGAAAAUCGCAUUUUUGUUGCACAGGAUUUGUCCAAGUUUUUGACACAGUUCAGGCAGAAGUUAUUACAAUCUUUGAUCCUUCCCAAGUUUACCUGGGCGGCCGGCGUUGCUGGUUUGCCUGAGGAUCAGCUCUUGCUUGUCCGCAAACUCAUGAUUAAGGCUUUCGGAGGCCGGGUUGCCUUGCAUGAUUCGCCCAUGUCCAUUAUGCUCGAACUCAUGAGCUGGAAGUUAGACCCUGUUUGUGCGACGAAUUGGGCAGCGUUGCGAGCUGCCUGCCAGUUCUUCACCAAACCUCCACGCUGGGUUGACCAAAGCGUGCUGGUCCGCUUUCAGAAUUCCGGACAAGAUGCGUGGCAUCGCCCUUGUGCUGAUGCAAUGGAGUGGAAGAUGGGCGCGGUGCAAGCGACAGCCGUGAUCGCCUGUCUUGAUCAAGACGUCGAGGAAAUGAGGUCGCUGGCUGUGUCUGAUUGCUGGGAUAAGGGGAGCCAGAAGGCCUUGUGCGCGGCCGACAUCUCUGAUAUGGUUGCAGCUGUGACGAACGGUCCUGCUGCAGGCAUCGCAACCACCUCUGAUUGUGCAGACAUGCCCGAUCCGCUUGAAGAGGAGAAGCACUUGCCCAUGGUAGAGAAGGUUCCGCCAUGCCACGGCCUUGGAACGGCGGUUUGCAACUUGGAAGAUGACGGUGUCUCAGCACUGGC